AUGCGAUCCAACUUCCGGUUACGAUACAUUGGACUUCUGACGGUUGUCACAUUGCUGUAUUCGCUGACCGCUGGUACAGUGUUGUAUUAUUGCCUGAACAUUUUUUGUGGUGACCACAUCUGCAUCCCCGAUGAUGUUAGACAACGUAAAACUAGCUAUCAAAUCUUGGAGCUUGGCCACAGUGUCAGUGCUUUCCCAGGUCUAAGAAAACAUGAAGAAAACAAAGACACACAAUAUCAUCAAUCACCAUGGACAAAAAUAAAGGAAACACAGUUAUUUGACCAGAAUGAGGUACAAAAAGCAUCAAAAAAUAGAACGAAACAUCUUAUAAGAGUGAAUCGAAUAUUGUACAACACUCCAACACGUAAACCGAAAGUAGCAGAAAACGAAGUAACAGACAGAACACCAGAGACACUAAGAAAUCGACGUCAGGUUAAUAGCGUGCAUAAGAGAUGUAAGAGAGAUUUCGUUUCGUUAUCACGUUCACACCUUCCCAGGACAGCCUUAGCUAGUUCGCCUGGAUCAGGAAACACAUGGACACGCCAUUUACUUCAACAAGCAACAGGUAUACGUACCGGCAGUAUAUAUAAUGACGGAGAGCUGCAAAUGAACGGAUUUUGGGGUGAAAAUAAAUGUACAAGAAUAAAGACAUGUCUUGUCAUUAAAACACAUGAAUGGCAUACAGAAUAUCAAACCUUUUAUGACCGGGCCAUUUUGAUAUUACGACAUCCUCGAGACUCCAUUUUGUCUAGCUUUCAUUUUUUCAAUGGUGGAAGACACGUUCGGGAAGCGCGUCCAUAUCUGUUUCACACAGAUCGCUGGGUACGUUUUGCAGAGGAGCGUGUUCAUUUGUGGUUUGAUCUGAAUAAUGAUUGGGUUAAAAGAUAUCGCAAUCCUCUACAUAUUGUCUUUUACGAAGAGCUGAAAGCUAACCCAGUCUUACAAAUAGAACAGGCAAUACGCUUUCUUAAUUUUACAAUGACGGAAGCUGACAAAAUGUGUUUGAAGAAAAACCUCGAGGGAAAGUUUCGGAGGCAACACAAGAAUAAGAUCGAUACGGAAAGGUUAUACAGUGGUGCACUGGCUAAAGCAAUAGCCGAGCAUGUAAAAAUAUUGACGACAACAAUAAGGCGUAGAUUUCCAGGUAAACCAGUAGUAUGGACGCCUAUCUAG